UGUUAAUGUGGAGUGCUCGACCUGGCACGAACCCGAACUUUUAUGUUAUUCUGUACGGCAUAAAUUCGACGUUUCCGAGGAAAAUUAGUCGCCGAAAAAAUGGCUGAUUUCCUAGAUUCGGAAGCGGAGGAAAGCGAGGAAGAAGAAGAGUUAAACGAUAAUGAAAAAAAGAAACUGAAAAAGUUAAAAGCUGUGGAAGAAAGCGAGGAGGAAGAGGAGGAUGACGAUGAAGAUCGGUUGCGCGAAGAACUCAAAGAUCUUAUAGACGACAAUCCUAUAGAAGAAAGCGAAGGGGAAGAUAGCGAUGGUUCUGGUGGUUCUAAAAAACGUAAAAAGAGCGAUGACGAAGAUUUUGACGAUCGUCUAGAAGAUGAAGAUUAUGAUCUAAUAGAAGAAAAUUUAGGUGUCAAAGUCGAGAGGAAACGUUUCAAACGCCUCCGCAGGAUUCAAGAUGAGGAAUCGGAGGAGGAACAGGAGAAAGAGGUCGACGAUGAUAGAGAUGCCAUCGCGAAUGAACUUUUUGAAGGAUCUGGAGAUGAAAGAGAAAUUAGUAUGGAAGAUGAAAGGAGAAGCGAACGUAGCCACAGGCCUGAAAUGGAGACGUUCGAUGAGGAGGGAAGCGAAGGGGAGUACACGGACGCGGAUGAUUUUAUCGUUGACGACGAUGGUAGACCGAUCGCUGAGAAACGUAAAAAGAAAAGGCCGAUAUUCUCCGACGCGGCUUUACAGGAAGCCCAAGACAUUUUCGGCGUCGAUUUCGAUUACGAUGAAUUUGGUAAAUACGGCGAAGAAGACUACGAGGAAGACGAGGAGGAAGACGAGGAGGACGAGUAUAUGGAUGAAGAGGAUGCUGAAAGGCCGAGAAGACCGAAGAAACAGUUGAAGAAGAAAACCACGAGAAAAAGUAUAUUUGAAAUUUACGAGCCCAGCGAAUUGAAGCGUGGUCAUUUCACCGAUAUGGAUAUCGAAGUACGUAACACGGAUAUACCAGAGAGAAUGCAGCUUCGAACGGUUCCCGUUACUCCAGUCUUAGAGGGUUCCGACGAGCUGGAUCUUGAGGCAGAAUGGAUUUAUAAACAAGCAUUCUGCCGAUCAACUAUUUCAAUUCAAGACGCUCAUUUGAACGCGGAGGCCAAAGAAAGGGCCCGGAAAGGACCUCAGACGAUCGGCAAAAUUAAAAAGGCUUUAGACUUUAUGCGAAACCAACAUUUCGAGGUACCGUUUAUAUCGUUUUACAGAAAGGAAUACGUUCUACCGGAGUUGAACAUCAACGAUCUCUGGAAGGUGUACAAAUUUGACGCGAAAUGGUGUCAGCUUCGUCAGAGGAAAGAAAAUUUGUUAAAAUUGUUCGAUAAAAUGAGAAAUUAUCAGCUGGAUGAAAUUAUGAAGAACCCAGACGCCCCUUUGCCGGAAAGCGUGCGAGUAAUCAAGGAUGAUGAUAUAGAACGACUUAAGAACGUGCAGACCAGCGAAGAAUUGAAUGACGUUUAUCAUCAUUUUAUGCUGUACUAUAGUCACGAGAUACCAGCGAUGCAGGAGGCCGUGCGGCUCAAGGAAAAAGAACAGCGUCGGGAGGCUAAGAUUCAGAAACGAAAGCAACAGAUCGCGGAAGCCGAAGAGAACGGCGAGGAUCCUCCGCCGGAAGAAGAGGUGGAAGUGGUGGAGGAAGAGGAACCGGACGAAACGUUGAAACAAGCGAUACGAACUGGUCCGUAUUCUAUCUGCAAGCGAGCGGGCCUCGACAGUCUUGCGAAGAAAUUCGGUCUCACCCCGGAGCACUUUGCCGAAAAUUUGCGCGACAAUUAUCAGCGCCAUGAAGUAGAUCAAGAGCCCACUGAACCUUUGACCAUCGCCAACGAAUAUUGCAGCCAGAUACUCGGUACGCCGGAAGAAGUGGUGAAAGCUUCUCAAUUGAUGGUAGCUAUACAGUUAGCGCGCGAACCUUUGGUGAGAAAAUGCGUGAGAGAAAUGUACAUGGAGAGGGCGAAGAUAUCGAUCAAACCUACGAGAAAGGGAAUCAAGGAGAUAGACGAGAAUCAUCCGAUUUACGGUAUGAAAUACCUGAAGGAUAAACCCGUGCGCGAUCUCGUUGGCGAUCAAUUCUUGAACCUGAUCACGGCCGAGGAAGAUAAAUUGAUCACGAUCACGAUGAGCGACAGCAUCGAGGGGAACACCAGCAACAAUUACGUCGACGAAAUGAAGCAGCUCUACUAUCGGGACGAGUUCAGCAAGAAUGUUCAAGACUGGAACACCUUGAGAGUCGGAAGCGUCGAAAUGGCGUUGACGCGUUUGGUUAUACCGAGUCUGAAGAAAGAGCUGAGAACGAACCUUAUCGCGGAGGCCAAGGAAUGUGUGAUGAAAGCUUGUUGCCGUAAGAUGUACAAUUGGAUCAAGGUCGCUCCUUACACGUGCGAGUUCCCGGAAGAGGAAGACGAGGAAUGGGAUACCACCAAGGGGCUUCGCGUGAUGGGCUUGGCUUACGUUCCCGAUUACUCUCAGGCCGCGUUCACCUGUCUGAUCGCUCCUGACGGGGAAUGCACGGAUUACUUGAGAUUACCGCACCUAAUGAAACGCAAGAACAGCUACCGCGAGGACGAGAAGACAAUGAAGGAAGCCGAUUUGUUGGCGUUGCGGAACUUCAUAGCCACCAAGAAGCCGCACGUUGUGGCGAUAAGCGGUGAAUCUAGAGAGGCGAUGAUGAUCGCGGCUGACAUCAAAGAGUGUAUCGCGAACCUCGUAGAUGAAGAGCAAUUCCCAUCCAUACAAGUGGAGAUUUGCGACAACGACCUUGCCAAGAUCUACUCGAACAGUAACAAGGGCGUGUCCGAAUUCCGUGAUUACCCGGAAUUGCUGCGACAAGCCAUUUCGCUGGCUAGGAGAAUGCAAGACCCGUUGGUGGAGUUUUCCCAGCUGUGCACCGCGGACGAGGAGAUUCUGUGCCUCAAGUACCACAGCUUACAGGAUCAUCUACCGAAGGACGAACUCCUCGAGAACUUGUAUUUAGAAUUUGUAAAUCGCGUGAACGAAGUCGGCGUCGAUGUCAAUAAGGCGGUGCAGCAGGCCUAUUGUGGAAAUUUGGUGCAAUUCGUAUGCGGGUUGGGUCCUCGAAAGGGCCAGGCCCUGAUCAAGAUGCUGAAACAAACGAAUCAGAGGUUAGAGAACAGGACGCAGCUGGUGACUGCCUGUCACAUGGGGCCCAAGGUCUUCAUCAAUUGCGCGGGAUUUAUUAAGAUAGAUACCAACAGUCUGGGUGACAGUACCGAGGCGUACGUGGAAGUGCUGGACGGGUCUAGGGUACAUCCGGAGACGUACGAAUGGGCUAGGAAAAUGGCUGUGGAUGCGUUGGAGUACGACGACGAAGACGCGAAUCCCGCCGGUGCCCUCGAAGAGAUCCUAGAGUCGCCCGAAAGGUUGAAGGAUCUGGAUUUGGACGCGUUCGCGGAGGAGCUCGAAAGACAAGGUUUCGGGAAUAAGUGCGUCACGUUGUACGAUAUCAGGGCAGAAUUGAACAGCAGAUACAAAGAUUUACGAGUACCGUAUCAAUCGCUCAGCGCGGAAAGAUUGUUUGAUAUUCUGACGAAGGAAACACCGGAGACAUUUUACGUGGGCAAAUUGGUGUUGGCAACGGUGGUGGGAAUCAGUCACAGAAAACCUCAAGGCGAUCAGUUGGAUCAAGCGAAUCCGGUGAGAAACGACGAAACGGGUCUGUGGCAGUGUCCAUUUUGUUUGAAAAACGACUUCCCCGAGCUCUCCGAAGUAUGGAAUCAUUUCGACGCUGGAGCUUGUCCAGGAAAAGCUACCGGCGUCCGAUUGAGGUUAGACAACGGAAUAUCGGGUUACAUCCACAUAAAGAAUUUAUCCGACAGACACGUCGCGAAUCCUGAAGAGAGGGUGAGCAUCGGGCAAAUAAUACAUUGUCGAAUAAUUAAAAUCGAGGUGGAACGAUUCAGCGUCGAAUGCACGAGCAAGAGCAGUGACCUCGCGGACAAGAAUCACGAAUGGAGACCGCAAAGAGAUCCUUUUUACGACACGGAGGCAGAGCAGAAGGACUUAAAAAUCGAAGAAGACGCAAAGAAGGCCAAACAACGACAGACGUACGUUAAACGGGUGAUCGUUCAUCCGUCGUUUCACAAUAUCAGUUUCGCGGAGGCUGAGAAGUUGAUGCAAACUAUGAAACAAGGAGAGGCGAUAGUUAGGCCAAGCAGCAAGGGCGCGGACCACUUGACAGUCACGUGGAAAGUAACCGACGAUAUUUACCAACACAUCGACGUGAGAGAAGAAGGAAAGGAAAACGCGUUCUCUUUGGGACAGAGUCUAUGGAUCGGGAAUGAGGAAUUCGAGGAUUUGGAUGAAAUUAUAGCGAGACACGUAAAUCCGAUGGCCGCGUAUGCUUCGGAACUGUUGGAUUUCAAAUAUUAUAAGCCAAACGUAGAAGGUAUCAAAGAUAAAGCGGAGGAAAUAUUGAAGGAACAAAAGAAAGAAAAUCCUGGAGGGAUUCCGUACAUAAUAUCCGCCGCGAAGAAUUAUCCCGGAAAAUUUCUUCUGUCUUAUCUUCCACGAACUCGAUGCCGUCACGAGUACGUGACAGUGUCCCCGGAGGGAUUUCGAUUCAGGGGACAAAUGUUCGGCAGAGUGAACGAUCUGUUCCGCUGGUUUAAAGAACACUUUCGGGAUCCGGUGCCCGGACAGUCUACUCCCAGUACUCCGCGUGGCGCUAUGACAUCCAGAACGCCAUACCAUACAACACCAGGAGCAGUGAGCGGAAUGAACCAAGAAGCGAUACAAAGGGUGGCACAAAAUCUCCCUCAUCACAUGUUACACUCUUUGUCGCAAGUAGCAAAUCAAACCCCACAUCACUAUCCACCGCAUACUCCUGGAACUGCAAGUGCAGCCGGUUAUGGCGGAGUACACACUUACCCGAAUACACCCUACACGCCAUCUGGUCAAACACCUUUCAUGACACCGUACCAAACACCCCACCAUACCCCACACCAUGGUCAACCAACUCCUAGAUACGGACAACAGACGCCCAAUCACCAACAGGGUCCUUUCAUUCAUCCACCUCCUCCUUCGGUUACUUCUGGUCACCAUAGAUCCACUCCUUCGCACAGACCUACACCACCUAUGUCGACACCUGGCGAUCCCAUGGACUGGAAAAAAGCGGCAGAAGCCUGGGCGAGAUUAAAAAGCGGCCCACGAGUAUCCGGUUCGACCCCAAGAUAUGACGAGUCUAGGAAAACUCCACGGAAUUACGAAGAAACUGUUGGAAGAACAACGCCGCGAAACAGAACUUCGGUGCGAACUCCGUCUUACAAAUCUCCUCGAGGAACGCCACACACCAAUUCUAGUCCUCGGAGUAUGUCUCUUAGCGGAGACGGUACUCCUCUAUAUGAUGAAAGCUAACGGAUUCGUUUGUGCAUAAUAGGUCGUACUUUCUGAUUAUAUCAUUACGUAAAAUUAACGUAUUGGUAUACUAAUUUAAGAAAGAAUCGGGAAUCGCAUUGCAAUAAAAAUGCUCUUAACACUUUGAUGGCCGUUGUCGCGUGUACGUGAUUUUACUAUUUCAGUCAUCAUUUAACUUAUGGUUGUUCGGGUUCAAGUUUAAUCUCGUUUACUCGUGAUGUUACGCCUAUAUUUAUAAUUCCUUAUAAUAAUAUUCAUAGCAUCCUCGUGUGCUCGCUUUAGUCCACAAUGUCAGUAUAGAAAGCUGUCUCAAAGCUGCUGUACAAAAGCAGUUGACAAUUAAUCGAGCUAAAUUCAAACAAGUUAACCGGCAAUUUCAAUUUUCAUAAAUUCAUAAUUCAAAAAUAAUUUUUAAUGAAAGUUUCUGUGGAUAAAAAAAUAUAUGAAGAUAAAAUGGUAUUUGUAUGUUUACUCGAUGAUAAAACUAUGUAGAGCUAAUAUUUGAAUAUUUAUAAAAUGUUGAAUUUAGAAGCUUCAUGUUGAAAAAUGGUUAAAAAGCUUUCAUCAGAUUGAGUCUAUCGCAAAAAAUAGUUUGCGGCAGGCAACAAUCAUCGUUUGAAAUGUGUGACCAUCAAAGUGUUAACGAUGAGCAUUAGCCGUCUUGUAUAAAAAGGAAUUGCCGAGUUCACUUAUAAAAUCAUUAUAUUGCAACGCAUUGACCUACCGAUAAUCUUCCAAUCUCUUAAGCGUUUCUAUAAUUAGAUAACCAAUAUUGGAGGCAUACUUCACAUAUACACGUACAUAUGUAUAUAUAACAUCACGGCGGACUCGAUUCUCUCUCUCUCUCUCUCUCUCUCUCUAAAAAAAAAGAAAAAAAAAAGAAAAAAAAAUACAUGUACAUCAUGUACGAUUUAAAAAAUCGUAAGACAUGAUACUUACUUAUAUUUUUAUUUUCCACCGUAAUGCAUACUAAUUUAUGCAUCCUUAAUGU